UGAGCUUCUCCACCUGUGACUGACGCGAGGAGAGGAGGAGGUCAGACCACACUCACACUUCUCGGUCCAGCCCAGAGGACAAGCACAACAGAACAGAAAAGCAUGUUCUCAUUUUCCCUGAUCUAUUAUUGAUGCCGACGCGAGAUUGCGAGAGCCGGACCAACAGGAGUCGGGCUGCAGCAGCGGCCGCUGAGGGUUCUGGAGAGGCGAGUGGCGGGGCGGAAGGACAAGGGGACGGACAGAGGACGGACAGCGGACCGCCAGCGCAACAGAGCGCCGGCAAAAUGAAAGCCCUGCAGAAGAGCCAAGGACGGACAGACCAGAUCCUGGGGGCCAUGGCCGACAUGCUGACCUCUCUGGCUCUGCCAAACCAGCAGUGGACUGGGGAGAGUGGCGAGGUGGAGCAGGCGGUGGACGAGGAGGCCCGGCCAGCAGCAGCAGCAGCCCAGGGUCCAUGGGAGCGGGAGCGGGAGCGCCAGAGCCAGGACUGGGAACAGGGAUCCCAGGACAGCAUGGAGAAAGGGCAGCGGGAGCGUGAAGACUCGUACUCGGCGGCGGGCAGUGAGGGCAGCAUCUCCACCUCGGUGGCGUCGCUCCCCCCGGGGGCGGCGUGCGGCGCUUCGGCCCCCAGCUCGCCGAGCUCGCGCCGCUCCGUGAGCACCCUGAAGAAGUGGCUCACCAACCCGGUGCGCAAGCUGAGCGCCGGGGGCAGCGGCUCCGGGAACGCCGCGGGGAACGCCGCCGGAGGAGGAGGAGGAGGUGGAGGAGGAGGUGCGGGCGGUAAGGGGGGAGAGCGGCAGGUCCGCCGGUCGGAGGGAGGCAGCAGGCCCCAGGUGCCCCCGCCCUUCCAGCAGCAGCCGCAGCAGCCGCAGCCUCUGCCCACGCCCCCGGGCAGCGUGUUGUCCAGGCACGGGCUGGAGCAGGGCGGCUACGCCAGGGCCAACGCCGACGCCGACGAGCAGCUCACCAUCCUGACCGACAGAGACCGAGAGCUGCUUCCAGCUGGACCCAGAGAUCUUCAGUAG